UUUCCACGACGCUUCCUUCCCUUCCCACACCCCUCCUCUCCUCUCCCCUCCCCUCAUCAAAGCCCUCCUGCUUCCUCUCCCCCAAAUCGCCCCUCCCAAAUUCCUUUCCCACCCAAACCAAACCCUCCAAACCUCCAAACCCUCGCCCUCGCCGGCGCCCCCGUCCCCAUGGCCUCCGCCGCCGCCUCGGAGGAGGCCGUCAAGGCGGCCAAGGUCCUCAUGGUCGGGGCUGGAGGCAUCGGCUGCGAGCUGCUCAAGACCCUCGCCCUCUCCGGCUUCACCGACAUCCACAUCAUUGAUUUGGACACGAUCGAGGUCAGCAAUCUGAACAGGCAGUUUCUAUUUCGGAAGACUCAUGUCGGACAGUCAAAAGCACAUGUUGCUCGCGAUGCUAUUCUGAAAUUUAGGCCAAAUAUCAAUAUAAAAUCAUACCAUGCGAAUGUUAAGGAUUCCGAGUUCAACGUUGAUUUUUUCAAGCAAUUUAAUGUCGUUAUGAAUGGCCUUGACAACUUGGAUGCUAGACGGCAUGUCAACCGCCUCUGCCUUGCUGCUGAAGUUCCCUUGGUUGAAAGUGGGACCACUGGGUUUCUUGGACAGGUUACUGUUCAUGUCAAGGGUAAAACAGAGUGCUAUGAGUGCCAACCGAAGCCUGUCCCGAAAUCAUAUCCUGUCUGCACAAUUACAAGCACUCCAUCAAAGUUUGUUCACUGCAUUGUUUGGGCAAAGGAUCUGCUUUUUGCAAAGCUGUUUGGUGAUAAGAACCAAGACAAUGACCUUAAUGUGCAUUCAAAAGAUGGCAGCAGUUCAAAUUCAGAUGUAUUUAAAAGGGAUGCUGAUGAAGAUCUUGAUCAGUAUGCUCGGAGGAUUUAUGAUCAUGUAUUUGGUUACAACAUUGAAGUUGCCUUGGAAAAUGAAGAAACCUGGAAGAAUCGGAAACGACCAACUCCGAUAUACAGCAGAGAAGCAUUACCUGAGGAAGCUCUAAAGCAAAAUGGUAUCUCAGGGGACUGCACAAAGGAGCAUGAAGAACCAUCUGCUAUGGCGUCUUUGGGUCUUACAAACCCGCAAGAGAUAUGGACUCUUGCUGACAAUUCAAGAGUGUUUGUGGAAGCUUUUAAAUUAUUUUUUCAAAAAAGAGAGAAGGAAGUUGGUAACUUGAUUUUUGAUAAGGAUGACCAGCUAGCAGUUGAGUUUGUUAGUACUGCAGCUAAUAUCAGAGCAUACUCUUUCGGAAUACCGCUGCAUAGCCUUUUUGAAGCUAAAGGUGUUGCUGGGAAUAUAGUUCAUGCUGUGGCAACAACAAAUGCUAUAAUAGCUGGUCUCAUUGUUAUCGAAGCAAUCAAAGUUCUCCGGGGUGAUUAUAAGAACUAUAGAAUGACAUUCUGUCUGGAACAUCCUACGAGGAAGAUGCUCUUGAUGCCUGUAGAUCCUUUUGAACCCAAUAAAUCAUGCUAUGUCUGUUCUGAGACCCCUCUUCUUCUGGAUGUUAACACUAAGGAGACAAAGCUUAGGGAGGUUAUUGACAAGAUUAUAAAAAGCAAACUUGGAAUGAACCUCCCAUUGGUAAUGAUUGGUUCUACACUUGUUUUUGAGGAUGGUGAUGGCUUAGAGGAAGAUGAGGCUGCAAACUAUGCUUUAAACCUUGAUAAGGUCUUGGCUGAACUUCCAGCUCCAGUAAUUAACGGUACAAAGCUUACUGUUGAGGAUUUCCAGCAGGAGUUAUCUUGCAGCAUUAACAUCAAACACAGGGAAGAGUUUGACGAGGAGAAAGAGCCUGAAGGAAUGGUUUUAUCUGGAUGGUCUGCUCCAGUGGAGAAGCAAGUCAACAGUAAUGGGGCGAACAAAUCUGCAGCUUCUUCAUCGAGUGCACAUGACACUGUUGAGGAUAUAUCCGCUAAACCUGGAAUGAAGCGUAAGCUGGAUGAAAUAUCGGAAACAAAGGAAAAUUGUGGUGCAUCCACUAGCGCUCAGGUUGUUGAAGACGAUGAUGACUUGACGAUGUUGGACGAGGACCCAAAGCUAAAGAAAAAGAGGUCGCUAUAGAAAGCCAUCACGUCUUACUGUUCCAGAGAUAACAGCUGUCAUGGCUAACACAUUGUUCCAACGUAGCAUCUUUGGUAACUUAUCUAUGCGGUGAUGUUAGGGUGAUAAUAUUGAGCCACCAGUGACUGUAAGCAGGGAUUUUUUGGCUUUAGAUACCGCGUCAUAGGAAUGUAAUUUGUAGUUAAGCUUGUAGGCACAUGAGCAACUAAUGCCCUGCUGACAGUCAGCUGUGAGGUUGCACUUGUGUUUUCUCAAGAAAGGAGUAUUGUGGUUAUCAUUUU